GAGGAAAAAGGCCACGCCCAUGUGGCUGUCCGAGUGUGGGCGCCUCCGGGCCUCUGCGGAGCCCUGGGCGGCUCUGAGCUCGCGGAGGCGUGGCCGGUGCGCUGGGCCCGCGGCGCGCGGGGAUGGGGGUCUCGGUGGAUGUGCACCAGGUGUACAAGUACCCCUUCGAGCAGGUGGUCUCCAGCUUUCUCCGAAAGUACCCCAACCCCAUGGAUAAAAAUGUCAUCUCAGUAAAAAUCAUGGAGGAAAAAAGAGAUGAAUCAACAGGGGUCAUCUACAGAAAGAGGAUUGCAAUUUGUCAGAACGUGGUUCCAGAAAUUUUAAGGAAGUCCUUAAGCACUCUGGUGAUUCUUUGUUGGAAAAAGGUGAGCAUUUUGAAAGUACCUAAUAUCCAAUUAGAAGAGGAGUCAUGGCUCAAUCCUCGGGAAAGAAACAUGGCCAUACGGAGUCACUGCCUUACGUGGACACAGUAUGCAUCCAUGAAGGAAGAGUCUGUCUUCCGGGAAAGUAUGGAAAACCCAAAUUGGACAGAGUUCAUUCAAAGAGGCAGGAUUUCAAUCACAGGAGUUGGAUUUCUCAACUGUGUUUUAGAAACUUUUGCCAGCACAUUCUUAAGACAGGGAGCCCAGAAGGGAAUUAGAAUCAUGGAGAUGCUGCUAAAGGAACAGUGUGGUGCCCCCUUAGCUGAAUAAAGAAUCAUCAGAGAGCUGUAUCCGUGUCUACUUUUUUAUUUUUAUUUUAUUUUUUGAGAAUCACUUAUUGGCCACAGCACAUCACAGACACAGUUUCUGGAAUACAGGUUUGAGGAUACAGUGUUGGCAGCUUCAAGAAGAGAAGACCUUCUUGCCAGGACAUAAAAUGAUACCCUCCUCUGGGAGCCUGCUUCGAAUAGUGGGACUCAGGGAGAUAAGACCUUCUUGCUGGAUUUUUAUGACACAAUCUCUUUAUAAUUUUACAAAUAAAGGAAAAAAGACCCAUGUAAGAUAAGUGUGCCCUUCCUCAGGGUGUUCUGCUGGUUGUCUGGUGAUGGUGUCAGGGCAGCUAAGGACAGGAUAAAGGCCGGAGAGGGUGCUUGUGCCCUUAUGUUAUCAGCACCGUUGUUCCUAGGAUUUGUGAGGGGAUUCUGGAACCAAUAAGGGAGUUGAACUGGUACCUGAUUCACGGGUGGACUGGAACAAACAGGAAUGUACCAGACCUAUGUUGAAGCUAAGCCGUAUUUAUAACAAUGUUUAAGAUUCUCAGAAAUCAGGAGAUUUUUAUCCUAUCCAUAAGUAGUAUGUAACUGCCAUAAGUAUAGCUUUUAGAAUGUAAUAUGUAAACUGUGAUUUGGUCCUCUGAAAAAAAACAUGAAAUGAAGAGUGGGAAGGCAGUUUCUCUUCUGCGAAUUCGUUCUGUGAUGGUGAGCAAGCAAAUCAUUAACCUCUCUGUUUUUUAUUGGGCAAAUGGGGAUAAUCAGGCACAGGUCUUUCCGCCAAUGCGUUAUGAUGAUUAAACAAGGUAAUUUUGUGCAGGGUUUUAAGUCAACAGACAGACCUGGGUUUGAAUCCAAGUGCUGGCACCCACUUGCUCAGUGAUCAUGAACAUAAUUUUAAAUCUUUCUGAAUCUCAUUUAAAAAAAUUUGUGAAACAAGAUGAUAGAAUUAAUUUUGUGAGGUUGUUGGACUGAUUUGAGAUCAUGCCUAUGAAGUACCUAGCACGCUGCCUAGUACAUAGUAGAAGUCCAGGAAAUGGAAGCCAUUAUUAUGUAAAACAUUUUGCAAAUGUACUUUUUAACUGUAACGUAAAGUGGUACUACUGUUUGAAACUUAGAUGGCAGUAGUUUGCAUUUCUCGUGAUCAGAAGCCAAAAUAUAAAUACAUACUACCUAAAAAAUCUUGAAGAGAGGUAAUAAUUUGAAAUUCAUCUUCUUAAGAUGAAAAUCAGGGCAGGGGGUGGUGGCUCAUGCCUGUAAUCCCAGUACUUUGGGAGGCCGAGGCGGGUGGAUCACAAGGUCAGGAGUUCGAGACCAGCCUGGCCAAUAUGGUGAAACCCCGUCUCUACUAAAAAUACAAAAAAAUUAGCUGGGCGUGGUGGCGCAUGCCUGUAAUCCUAGCUACUUGGGAGUCUGAGGCAGGAGAAUUGCUUGAACUCAGGAGGUGAAGGUUGCAAUAAGCCGAGAUUGUGCCACUGCACCCCAGCCUGGGUGACAGAGCAAGACUACAUCACAAAAAAAAAAAAAAAAAAAAAAAAAAAAAAUUCAGGCCGUUACUGGAGAGUCUUGGGGAAAUCUUUUUUUUUUAAAUGUCUGAAAAAUUUUCUACUUAAUCCAUUGAUGAAUUUCAAAGCAAUUGUAUUUUUUCAUACAAGCCUGCCACUGUGAGCCUGUUCUUAUUGUAUCUGAGCUCUUUGUGCUGCCUGAAUUUUGUCUCUUAAUUUCUUUUCAGCUUCAUAAGGGAAAAAUAAUGGUAGAAACUAAAACACACUUUGACCUUUUUUUUCCAAUUUGUAAAUGGCAUUUGGUAGGCUUUUGGAGUAAUAGCCUAUUUCAAAAAAUAAGAGGUGAUGCUAAUUAUUGUGGAAGUGAGAGGCAAGAAAUUUGUAUUUGGAGGUUGACAUUAGAGUAAGUUUAACCCUUCACACUCAACAACUCCCAUCCUCUGAAGGCAGGAGUUCUCAACCUUGGCUGUCUGGUAGGAUUGCUUGGGGAGCUUUCUGCAAUUCUGAUGCCUGGGUUGCUUCUCAGACCAAAAAUCAGAAUCUCAGGUAGUGGAACCAAGGCAUCAGCUUUUAAAAAAACUCCUUUGGUAGUUCCAGUGGGCAGCUAAGAACACUACGGUGACUUUUAGGUAUUUGCAGACAUUAUCUAAUUUUUUUCUUAAUAUCUCUGUGGUUGGAAAGGAUCUUUGUAGCAGGAAUUUUUUUUAUUAGAAAUAGACUGAGGCACAGAGAGGUUGAAUUUCUGCCUUGUGUGUCUGGUUCCAGCACAGUGCGGUUGUGUCGUUGGUCUUUUUUAGUAUUUCCUAUUUCCAAUUUUCUAAGAAAAGACAGAAUUAAAAAAAAAUCUCCUAGUUUUUUAUUGGCAACCAAUUCAGAAUUGUUUAAAACAUUGUGCUGGCCAAAACAAAAAACAUGUUUGCCAGCCAGUAGUUUUUAGCCUCUGCUUCCAGAGUGUUACGGACAGGCCUAAACAUCCUGGCCAAGCUUUAAUAGAUUUGCAUUUUUGUACUCUGGAUGUACGUUGUAUUCUGCCUCUCCUCUAAGACUACUUUUAGAUGUAUCUUCCUCCUCAUUCCUAACUAAUCCUCAGGGAUUACUUUUCCUCACUCAGUAAUUUUCCCCCUGCAGGCAGCUAUUGCUUCCAACUUCACAUAUAUGGCUUAGAAAUUUUAUGGUCUUUUUUUUUUUUUUUUUUCAUUUACUUUUUUUUGAGAUAGGGUCUCACUAUGUUGAUCAGGCUGGUCUUGAACUUCUGGCCUCAAAUGAUCCUCCUGCCUCUGCCUCUGCCUCCCAAAGUGCUGGGAUUAUAGGCUUGAGCCACUGUGUCUGUCCUCUUUUUGGAAUUAAUUAGGGCUUGUUAAUUUUUUUUAAUUAUAUGUUUUGUGAUAAAACAUUUAGAAGUCCAUGUUUUUUAUUCUGUACUGUGUAGCUUAAGAAAUGUCAAAACCAGGAGUACAGCCUUAUUGGGCACACUAGAAACAAGAGUGGGAAAGGGUUAAUUCACAGACCUGGCCAGUCUCCUCCUGUCUUCAAGGCGAUGAUUUACCCUGUGAUUCUCAGACUUUACAUGUACCAGAAAUCUUUGGGGCAAUGUGCUAACGUGCAGGUCCUCAGUCCCUUUCCCCAGCGAUUCUGAUUCGUGGAAUUUCAGUUGAUCAUUCAGGACACAGUAUAAAGUUCUUAUGCAGAGAGAAGCUGACUUGAACUAUCCCUAUAUGAUUGAGGUGCUUUUACCAGGAAGGGGCUUUUAUAGUUUCAGUCAUAUAUGGAUGAAAAAGGUGCUGUAUUCUUUUUCUAUGAACUACUUUGUGUAUUUUAUAAGCCGUAUAUAUGUACUGAUACUCGUUUAUCAGACAUUGUGUGGUGCAUGGUGUAGAAAACUCAAGGUUAUUCUUUUAACUUGCACAUCUUUUUUACUUUAUUUCAAUCAUCUACAUCAAACUAUUUCUUAAUUUAGUAUACAUUUCUCUGCUUUUGCAAACAGUCUACUGGGGAUAAUUAAAUCUUUUCAGAGUCGUCAUAUAUGUUUUUAAUUCUUUCAGGUCCUACUUAGUUUUGUUAAAGUCCCUACACUGAAGGCUCCAGAUACAUUUGCUCUUUGAGUUCUACCAUGGUUUUUAGAGUUUUUCUUUUCCCUCACUUUUAUCUGUCAUUUAUCUCUCCCAUUACUGUGCCUACCUCUAGGAAGCUUUCUCUAAUUUGCCUUGGGGUUGGGAAAUUGUGUAACUGCAUACUACAUGUUGAAUAAGAGUAGAGAGGAUUUGAAUGAGGUUUUGAGAGGCUGUUCUAGCAAUAAAAAUGAAUGUACUUUGC